AUGGCGCCGAAGCGCAAAGCCGGUGCGGCAGCCGGCCGCUCGACGAAGAGGGUCGCCUCUGGAGUGAAUACGCCUGUGAGCGCGGUCAGCGACGACGAUUUCUCAGGCGGCAGCGACGAUGACUAUGAUUCGGAUGAGAGGGCAGCACCCAGGAAGCURGACAAUGUAGUAAAGAGAUAUCAACCCGCCACAUACCAGAAGCCAAAUACAGGCAGAUCGACCGGCGACGCUGCAAGUCACCUCUUCAAAGCAAAUCGCGAUUUCUUCAAAGAGACUCUCAAGCCAGAUCACCAUCUCCGACCAUUGUGGAUUGAUCCGCAGAAUGGUAAAGUGGUCUUGGAGACGUUCGCGCCCAGCUUCAAGCAAGCCCAGAACUUCUUGAUCAACAUCGCCGAACCGCAGAGUCGGACGACGAACAUGCACGAGUACACCAUCAGUCCACACAGCCUGUUCGCUGCGGUCUCCGUUGGCUUAACCGAACAGGACAUCAUCCGUGACCUCGAGCUAUUCUCCAAGACAAAGGUGCCGCAAAACAUCAUCGAUUUCGUACAUGAAGUGACACAGUCGUUCGGAAAGGUGAGACUGGUAUUGAAGCACAACAAGUACUUUGUCGAGAGUAACGACGCCUCGGUACUGCAAAUGCUCCUUCGAGAUCCCGUCAUUGGCACCUGCCGGGUGGAAGAGUCGGAAGAGCUGCGGACAGAAAAGGCGGCCAAAAUGAGCGGAUUGAUCAUUCCCGGCACAAAGGAUGCUGCUGGAGUGAAGGAAGCCGUUGCUCAAGUUGCACCGGUGCGUGAUGAAGAGAAUGAAGACUCGGACGAUGAGUUUGGAGGUCGCGAGGCAGAGAAAGAUAUGACCCAAUUCCUCCGCGAAGAAGAAGAUGACGACGAGCUCGACCAGGUCCAUUCUUUCGAGAUUGACGGGAACAAGAUUCAACUUGUGCAAGAGCAUUGCAAUGUAAAGCUGAACUUGCCACUCACAGAAGAGUACGAUUUCCGAGCAGACGACAUCAACGCRACCCUCGACAUCGACCUUCGACCGAAUGUGCAGAUUCGGUACUAUCAGGAGCACGCACUCAGCAAGAUGUUCGGUAAUGGWCGCGCCAGGAGUGGUAUCAUUGUUCUGCCUUGCGGUGCCGGCAAAACACUGGUCGGAAUUACAGCAGCGUGUACGGUGAAGAAGAGCGCAAUCGUACUCUGCACAAGCGCCAUGAGUGCAGUGCAGUGGAAAGAGGAGUUCAAGAAGUGGUCCAACAUCAAUCCUGAAGAUAUUGCCAUCUUCACAUCUGGUGAAAAGGAGAAGCUGAACCACAAAGCUGGUGUCAUCAUCUGCACCUACAGCAUGGUCACACAAAACACAAAGCGUGCCCACGACAGUAAGCAAGUCAUGGAUUUCAUCACAUCCCGCGAGUGGGGUUUGAUGGUGUUGGACGAAGUGCACGUUGUGCCCGCUGAAAUGUUCCGACGAGUGACUGAACGAAUCAAGACGCAUUCAAAGCUUGGAUUGACAGCCACUCUCCUUCGAGAAGAUGAUAAGAUUAAGGACUUGAAUUUCUUGAUCGGGCCAAAGCUCUAUGAAGCCAACUGGCUGCAGCUGAGCGAGGAGGGCCACAUUGCUCGUGUGCAAUGCGCCGAAGUCUGGUGUCCYAUGACAACAGAAUUCUACAGUGAGUACCUCCAGGCYAAGACCACCAACAAGCGCAGUCUUCUCUCCACGAUGAACCCAAGAAAAUAUCAGGCGUGCCAGUUCCUGAUAGACUUCCACGAGCGAAGAGGCGAUAAGGUAAUAGUAUUUUCCGACAACGUCUACGCUCUGCAGAAGUAUGCUACUGGAAUGACGAAACCCUACAUCUACGGUGAUACCAGUCAGCGUGAGCGCGAGGUCGUGCUCCAGAACUUCCAACAAAACGAUGCCGUCUCUACCGUCUUCCUCUCGAAGAUUGGAGAUACCUCUCUUGAUCUACCGGAAGCCACCUGCUUGAUCCAGAUCUCCUCGCAUUAUGGCUCCCGUAGACAGGAAGCACAACGUCUCGGCCGCAUCCUCCGAGCAAAGCGACGUAACGACGAGGGCUUCAAUGCCUUCUUCUACAGUCUCGUCAGCAAAGACACGAACGAGAUGUACUACUCCUCAAAACGUCAAGCUUUCCUCGUCGACCAAGGGUAUGCCUUCAAAGUCAUCACCCAUCUGAAUGGCAUCGAUCGAAUGCCCGGCCUUGCCUUCAACACCCAAAACGAACGCAUGUCUCUCCUCACAGAUGUCCUGCUGCAAUCCGAGACCGUGGGAGAUGUCGAGGACAUCAAAGACGAUCUUUUCAGCGACCGUAACCAGUCCAAGAACAAGAAGAAGGGAACUGGGGUUAGACGACAGGCUGGAACACUGUCUUCUCUUGCUGGUGGAGAGGACAUGGCGUAUAUGGAGUAUGCGAAGAAUGCGAAGAACAAUGCGAACAAAGCGUUGGCUAAGCCGAGGAACUCGUUCUUCAAGAAGGAAGAUCGGAGGAAGGAGAGAGUGCGCAAGGCGGCUUUGGAUGAUGAGUAA